UCUUUGAAGCAGUGUCCCAUCAUGUGCCAUGCUGGUGAUGUCACAGGAAGCAAAGAAGUCAAUGUUAGCAUAUAGCCAGCCUACAGGAGGUCGUGAAGUAUUCUGGAUGGAUGGCUGCUGGAAACUCAUUGCCAUAGCCAGCUCUUCUUCAAUACUUAAGGAUUUACCCUGGCGUUGAGUAAUGAGAAUUUCGAAACCCUAUUUGAGAAGUACUUCCAUCCAGUGCUACUUGUGUUUACUUCUGAACAGUCAUUUUUUAACUGAGGCUGGAAUUCAUGUCUUCAUUUUGAGAUGCAGCUAAUACACUGCACCCAGUUGGCCCAAGCACCUAACCUCUAGUUAUGUAAUCUGACUCUCAGUUCAGUUUUACUCUGCUAAUGCCUUCAUGGUAUGGGGAACCAUAGAUUCGUGCAGCUGUAUCAGUGCGGGUCUUCCUAAAACAGAGGCAAACUGGCAGGAUGUAAUAAGUGAUUUGAAAAGAAUUGAAGAUCUUAUUCAAUCUAUACAUAUUGAUGCCACUUUAUAUACUGAAAGUGAUGCUCAUCCCAAUUGCAAAGUAACAGCGAUGAAGUGCUUUCUUCUGGAGUUACGUGUUAUUUCGCAUGAGUCCAGAAAUAUGGACAUAAAUGAAACAGUAGAAAACCUUAUCAUCCUGGCAAACAGCAGUUUAUCUUCUAAUGGGAAUAUUAUAGAAUCUGGAUGCAAAGAAUGCGAGGAACUGGAGGAAAAAAAUAUUAAAGAAUUUUUGCGGAGUUUUGUACAUAUCGUGCAAAUGUUCAUCAACCUUUCUUGAUUGCAACUGAACUUCUUCAGCAUUUCUAUUAUUCAAACAUCUUCCCACUGCUUAGAGACAACAAAACACUGUGCAUUUCAAAUAUGUUGCCAAAACAAGUAUUUUAGCAAGAUGAUCAGGAUCUUGGAUCAGAUGAACUCUCAGAAAUGAAGAGUGAAAACUGUCACUAACAUGGUGACUAUGAACUAUCCUCAGACUUAUUUUGCUCAUUUAUUUUUAAUUUAUUAUUGAAAUUGUACAUAUAUGUAGCAUAAUAAUAUAAAAAAGUUGAAUAAAAUUGUGUACAUAUUUUGUCCUUU